AAACAAACCUUUCGCGACUCGGAAUGUGGUGACGCGAGAGUGACGCGGACGGAAAUUGGCGUGUGCAUCUUCCUGGCACCGGUGCCGGCAGACGAAUAAUCCUCUCCACUAACCAAUCAGUCCACACCACCCCACAUUCUUCCUUUAUUUUAGUUGUCAGUUACAGAGCCUGUUUGCUAUCGAAAACCACCAGUGUGGCGUUUCUACAGUUUGAUGUUAAUACUAGCUUAAUUAUACCGGCUUUCAAAUCGCUUUGUUAGUUUGUGUGGGUCAUGUUUUUUGUGGGGGGAUUUUAAACGUGUUUUUUCCUCUCCCCCUUGUGAUUUAAUAUCGACAAAGCAAAUUGGCAUCUUAAUUUGCCACAUUUUUUAUUUGUCGGAUUGAGGUGACCGUAGUUUAGAGAAAUAUUUAUCCUUUUUGAGAAAUAUCUCGUUUUCAUUUAAUUGGUUUGUUCAACUAUUAAUUUAAAACUUCAUUCCAUGUAUAGCUCAGUAGUCAUUUAACAUUUUUUUCCUUAUUUAACCCCCCCCGGAAAGCAAUGUAAGAGUAGGCGGGUAUGAAUAUUCCCCAGAACUAUCUGUGAAAUUCAUCCACUGGGUUUUAGAACGCUUUCAUUUUGUUAAAGGAGGAUGUUCUAAGUGUAGAAGAGAGCCUAAGCAGUAGGACAACAGAAUAUCUUGAGUUAAUAUCAUUGAGAUAGAGGACUCAUCUUUGCAUCUGUGCCAUUAUAGCAUUUGUGGCUGCAUGGGUAGCGCCAUUGAGACCUCCAUUUUGAGGUAGUCAAUUCUCUUCACAAUUGGCUGUUCCCUCCUGAUGACCUGGUUGGACACGACUCCCAGCGGGGUCACCAGGAGGGAUCAACCAAUGAAGUUGGAAGUCCCACCCAGUUGUCUAUAUUAAAAUGGUGGAUGCCCUCUGGUGCUGCCCAUGCCAGUACAGCUUUUGGCCACUAGAGGCCUCAAUCAUUCUUUGGUUAAUAUCUGCUGUCACAACAUUGUCAUUAUCCCAAGACAACAUUCCAGCUUUAGAAUUAUUUUGGGUGUAUUUGCAGGGUUAAAAACAGUAUGUGCGUUUCCUAACCAAAAAUAAGCAAUCGGUUGGUACCCAUUGGAACAGUGCAUGCUUAAUACACUUCCAAGAGUAAAUAUUUUUGCAUGAUUAGGAUGGUCCAGUCUGAAAUUCAGAUUUAAGAGGCUUGUUUCAACACUCUAAAUAUUGUUUCUAACAACCCAAGCUUUAAUAAUCCAAAAUUGUCCUUUAUUAAUGUAAUAUUUAUUUCUAGACAUAAACAUGUUGAAUACAGUAAAUAACAUGAGCAUAACUGGCAUUGCUAUCAAAUCAAACCUUGUCACUUGCGCCGAAUACAACAAGUGUAGACCUUACGGUGAAAUGCUUACUUACAUGACAUUACCAUUGAGAUAUAAUGGGCUCUAGUCUGAUCACUUUCUUGGGGUGCCUUAGUCUGCGUUGAGAUGGGCAGCCCUAUUCUGAUAUACAAAAAGAGCCGAUGUGCAAAGAUCUGUGAUUGGUCAAAAGACAAAUUUGUGGAACAUAUCAGAAUUGGGCGUCCUGUCUAAACAGAGCAUCUGUCUGCUCAGUUCUUAUGGGAAUUGUUGUAGUUUGUAUAUUUCCUACAGUCAAAGCGUGUACGUUUUAUGCAUUUUAUUUUUUAAUAAACCAAAAUGUAUUUUGGUGAAAAUCCUAUUUGUAUUUAUCCUCUCUUGAGACAUCUGGACUUUUUCCCACAUCUAUACUUGAUAAUGCAUUGACCAUACUUUUCAGAUGAUACUUAUUCAAACCUGAUGAUGGGUACUAAAUCAAGAAAAUUAAAGUAAUUGUCCAUUCGGCCAAUCAACAGGUCUGAUUUUGAAACCCGAUCUGGUUUUGCCUUGUGAGGGGCUGGAUAGAGAUUAUGCCGUAGGUAGCAAACGCCGGCAGAGAGGAGCCAUUUCAGCCCUUCGGAAAGUAGUGGCAUCAAUCCAGUGAGUCCAUCGUGAAAGGUACGAAGGAACAUAGAACAUUUAAUCUAGCUAGCUAUCCAUUUUAUGUUAGCCAUUGCCGUUGCAACCAGCACAAAUAUUAAAUGCAACUGUGUAAAAUCAUAUGACCGUCAUGCAACGCGUUUCGGAUCUAUUGUUAGCGUAGCAUGCUCGUUGUGCAUGCAGACACAGACGACACAACUUGCUAGCGUUGCCACAAAAGGUAAUUACUAGCUUGUCUGCAGUAGUGUCGCUAGUUCUCAUGCACGUUCCAAACGAGUACACGUGCAAGAAUAUGCUGGUCGCUGAAAUUGUUAAUGUUGGUUCGCGAGCUGAAUGAAUAGGCAAUGUUCAGUUAAGCAUAACCUCUGUUGCAAAAACAGCAUUGUGAUUGGGUAAUAACUGGUCCUCCUACUUAUGAUCCAGUGCAUACACUGACAGUGCAUUUUUAUUUUAUUUAACUAGGCAUGUCUGUGAAGAACACAUUUGUAUUUACAUCGACGGCCCUACCUAAGAAACUCAUUCGGGGCUGGGAUAAUCUAUAUAUUAGGACAAAACACAUGCCGACGAUGAUGCAUACAGGGAGUCCUAAGACACGAGCGUUAUUGAUCAAACAUUGGGAUCAUCGCCAUGGUGAAAAUCUUCAUUGGGAACUUGUCUCCAGACACCAUGGCAGAGGAGCUGCGCUCCCUCUUCUCCCAGUAUGGAAAGGUCUCUGAGUGUGACAUUGUCAAGAACUUUGGCUUUGUGCACAUGAAGGAUAGAGCUGAAGCGGAGGAGGCCAUCAAGAACCUCCACCACUAUGAGCUCAAUGGGGAGCAGAUGAACGUGGAGAUGAGCCGCGGCAGACCCAAAGCCACCACCAAGCUGCACGUGGGCAAUAUCAACAGCAGCUGCACCAACCAAGAGAUGCGGGCCAAGUUUGAGGAGUACGGCCCUGUGGUGGAGUGUGACAUAGUGAAGGACUAUGCCUUUGUCCACUUGGAGCGUAUGGAGGAUGCCAUGGACGCCAUCAGUGGGCUGGACAACACAGCCUUCCAAGGCAAACUGAUGAGCGUGAAGCUUUCGACUAGCCGCCUGCGUACUACGCCGGGAAUGGGAGAGAGGACAGGUUGUUAUCGGUGCGGGCAGGAAGGCCACUGGUCCAAAGAGUGCCCGCUCGACACUUCGGGCAACUACAGAGAGGGUGCCGAGCCAAGCUCUGACCCUAGGUUCGGCUGUGGUUAUCACCGGGGCUUGAAUGUCGGCGUUCCAGGUUACAGUGGCAGUGAUCCAGUUUACAGUGGAAGCUAUUCUCCCGUGCACGGCUUUGGCGGUGUGCCCGGGUAUGGCAGGGGCGCAGGCUAUGAAAGCACAUUGAGUUACGGGCUUCCGCCGGGUUACGGAAUGAGCGCCGCCGAAUAUAGCAUGGCACGGGUGUAUGCCAGUGAGGCAGCGUACGGAGGCAGCAGCUGGAGCCACGGCGUGGUCCCAGCCUACCCUGUGCGCCGGUCAUCGUAUGAGGACCGUGAUCCGUAUGGUGCCGUGGACUUCUACGAGAAGUAUCGGGCUCGCCCGUAUGGAGCCAGUUAUUUCGAAGAGCGCCGGUCUGUUCCUUUGCCCAGCCCACCGUUCCCUUCCUCCUCGGCCAUAAUGAGGGAGCGCCUGCCUCCCUCUAGCCCCGACCUAUACGAGCGCUGUCCUCUCCCUUCUCCACCAGCCCCCCUCUCCUCAUCCUACUCCCGUGACAGAAGCCCAUUUCGGCGAAUACCUACCGAGGCAUACGAGCGCGCGCGCCUCUCCCCGGUGCCCUCCCUCCCCAGAAGAUCGGCUUACGACAUCCCGCGGGACCCCUACGCCGAGCGGGCGCGAUAUGCUUACUAACCUUUCUUCCUCCUGUCCAGGUGAGAACUGAUUUAGCUUUCAUAGGUUAGCGUGAUUAAGUUCCCAGGGAACUAGUAUUAAUGUAAACACUGGGUGUUUUGAUCGUUUAUUUCAGGUUUUCUGUCUUGACGUAGAUUGAUAAGACAUGCCCAUCAAGCUUGUUGAUCAAAUAGAAGAGAAUGCGUGCCGUAGAACUUAAAUGCAUCUUGUGGGUGACCAUGUUACUAUUUGGUAUGCUCUUUUUUCAGGUAUCGCGACGGUCAACCGAGCACGAGAUUAUCUUUGUUUCGACUCACGAUGCAUUUCGGUUAUGGCCCGCAAUCGUGGGACUGUGAAAGUGCAGACAUUUAGCUUCUCUGUUCGGUAUCUCUCGUGUGUCAACUGAUCGCUUAGUAACGUUUGUAUUUCCCCACUAAAAGCAGAAUGUACAUAUAGUUUUUAUUUUUUACAAAAAGAAAUUGAUUUGAAUGUGAGUCCUGCAGUUAUACGAAAAGUAGCACCAGUUGAAUCAUCCAAUGCAGUUGACUCCAGGUAGCAGUUGUAUGCAUUAUUGUGAUGAAUGCCAUCAUUUGCUAAUUAUGUUCUAAUUCAUUUUAAAACCAUCGAAAUACAUGUGUAUUAUUUACACAUUCAUUCACAAUACCUAUCUAAUUCUACUAUACACCUGAGGUAGGGGCCGCAAUGGACAAAUGACCAAAUCCCUCUUUUUGGCUGAAUUGCACCUGUCAAAAAAUCAUUCACUUCAAAUGUUACAGUAUUAUUCAAAUUAUGUGUGAAUUAAAUAUUACACUUUGAAUAGAUGCUUAGUUUUAGAGCCUUUUUUUACCCCCCUUUUUCUCCCCAAUUUCAUGGUAUCCAAUUGUUAGUAACUACUAUAAUGUCUCAUCGCAACAACUCCCGUACGGGCUCAGGAGAAACGAAGGUCGAAAGUCAUGCGUCCUCCGAAACACAACACAACCCAACCAAGCCGCACUGCUUCUUAACACAGUGCCAUCCAGUCAGCCGCACCAAUGUGUCGGAGGAAACACCUGGCGACCUUGGUUAGUGUGCACUGCUCCCGGCCCGCUACGGGAGUCGCUAGUGCGCGGUGAGACAAGGAAAUCCCUACCGGCCAAACCCUCCCUAACCCGGACGACACUAGGCCAAUCGUGCGUCGCCGCACGGACCUCCCGGUCGAGGCCGACUGCGCCAGAGCCUGGGCGCAAACCCAGAGUCUCCGGUGGCACAGUAACUGAGGAGCUGCUUCUAAAUCCACUUCUAAAAACUUGUGUAGGCUUAUACAUCACCAUGGGAUGGCCCCAUGAACCCAUUCCAUCUUGACAAAAUCAGUAUUUUAGAAGUGGAUUUGCCUCCAUUUGUCCUGAAUGAUGAUAUGAGAAAUAUUUCUGUCCAUCUGUUUCUCAAUAAAGUCACUGUCUGAAAAGUUAUUGGUCUUUUGAUUCAUGAU